AUGACCCCCAAUGAGUGUGAUAUGUGUGUUUUUGCCUAUUGCUACAAUCUGAGGUCGUGGGAUGGAAAGGUCGAUUGUAGGUUCAUGAGCCAUGUGAGUCAACCCACUUUGAAACCUAAUUCACCCCAAUUGGGUGGUGCUGAAGUUCCGUCUCUCACCUUCAAGUUUCAACAACACGUGCGGUUCAGUAUCACAAAGUCGAAAAGUCCUCACCUUCCGCUCAGCCGGGAACCCAUCUCAACCCACCUAGGUACCUCAACUAAAGCUAUCACAUUCGCCAAAACACUGCAACCAGCCACCGUCGACCAUGUCACAACAGCCCAAAAACUGGCCCGCGGGUUUACCAUACCUCUCGGCGCCAACACACUCCAAGCUCCUAACCCCAACCCAACGACAAGCCAUCGCGACAAAACCGCCACCAUCAGACGUCGUGCCCUCCAUCUCCGCGCAAGCCACGGUGCUGCCCAGCCCUUUGGUCAAAAUCACGCCCAUCACGGUGGCAGGACACCCCGCGCAAGGGCAGUGCGGGUUAUUUGCUACAAGGCAUUUGAAGCCGGGGACGUUUGUGCUGCCGUAUUUGGGGAUGGUGCACCCGGGGGUGGUAGACCCGGCGGAGGCCGGGACGGAAGAGGGGGAGGGGGAGGGGGAGAAGUCGGAUUACGACCUGUGGCUGGACCGGGAUUCCGGGGUGGCGGUGGAUGCGAAUAA